GUACGAGAGAGAUGUGUGUAUAAAAUUUAAUUAAUAAAUCUUUAUCGCGUCUGCAAUUAAUCAACAUAAACAAUUUAUUCCUUUGUGUAUUUGUGACAUUAAAAAAAAAAUAAAGUGUUAAUUUGAUCUGUGGCAUUUUUGAAACAUUACGCAGAUACAGAUAAUGUUAAAAUGCUUCGUACUGUCUCCAUAAUCUUCCUCAUCGUGCUUAUAUCUGACGUUAGGAGUCAAUUUUAUGAUUUCUUCUCAGCUUUCCAGACAUCACACCCAACUCUACGACCUUUUCAAUUUGACGUUACAACGAAAAGGCCGAGAACAGACCAACGAACAACCAACAAACAUAGAACAGCUGCCCCUUUCAACAUCGAAGAGUUAGACAGAGAUGGCGAUAAACAAAAACAUAAGCAAAACUCACAAAUUAUAUUCGGAGACUCACGCGUGACAACUGUUAAACCUUUAAAAAAAACAACCACACGUUCUAGUCAAAACUAUGAUAGCAAUUCAAAUACAAGAGAAGCGUCACGAAAUAAAACGCCAAAACAACGAAUUGUUAGUGCAACUAAACCAAACAAGAGACCAGUAAUUGAUAAUGAUAGACCAGCUAAUUCAGGGUUAUACAGUGAAGCGCUUCAAGCUGCUAAUAGGGACACAUUUAAUGAAAGAUUAACAUUUGAGGAUGGUAAGAGGAAUACGAUCAUAAAUUAUGAAACGUCACGACAAGGCUACACGACGAAAUCGUACUACCAAGAUUACGAUUCUAGGAAAUAUCCGAACGCAUACCAAACCACGCAAUAUCCGUUUACAAUUCGACCCGGUGUGAAGCCGGCCGUGGUCAGUGGUCCACCAAUUACCAAUAAACCGCCAACACAGAGGCCAAGUUUUGGACCAAAACCUGCGCAAGACGAUACUUCGGUCAGCCCUGAACUAAUCAUUGGUCCAAAUGAAGAUUACAUGAACACUGUUGAAAAGAAGCGGUAUAUUGAAAUGGCGGAGAAAAUGUGCAAUACGUAUAAAACGCUGGACAUAACUCAAAUUCAAGCGAUCCCACUUGUACCGUCGCCGGAGGUCGUGAGAGUUAACGUGUCAUCCUGUACACCGACCACCGUGCCGUUGGUGGUGGGCGGCAAAGUGGUAACCGUGAAGGAAUUCCCACAUAUGGCGUUGCUGGGAUGGCCUUUAUUGCGGUUAGGCGGUUAUUCGUGGAAAUGUGGGGGAUCGUUGGUGAGCAACCGGUACGUGUUGACGGCGGCACACUGCGUUUACCAGGAGAGAGAUAACACUGUUGUAUCGGGCGCUCCAAGAGCAGUACAAUUGGGUUCGUCGUAUCUGGACGAUCCGACCGCUGUGGUUAUAAAAGUGGCCGCUGUUAUUCGACAUCCGAAAUACAAGUUGCCGAAGUCUUAUUACGAUCUUGCGAUUGUCAAGAUGGCUUCGACUGUCACGUUUUCAAACGUGAUACGACCAGCUUGCUUGGGGAUACCACCGCCACCUGGUGACCCCAUCAUCGUUAGUGGCUGGGGUAGAACUGAAUUCGGUGGAGAGCAAUCUCAGGAACUCCGCAGCGUAUCUUUACCGGUUUGGGAAAUGUCGGAAUGCUACAGUGUUUUGGGUACGUCCAGGAAGAUUCCGAACGGUCCGUCGAGCGAUAGUCAAAUAUGUGCUGGAGAAAAAAGAGGGGGCAAGGAUACUUGUCAGGGCGAUUCAGGCGGCCCAGCACAAAUCCAAGAUGGCUGUAUAUGGCGUGUUGUAGCUGUCACGUCUCUGGGACGAUCUUGUGGCGCCCCACACACUCCCGCUCUAUACGCUCUCGUGCAAAGAGCAUUCGUAUCAGCUGUAGUGUUUGGAGAACAGAUACAAAACAAACCAUCGACGACGAAUAGCAAUCAACAAACCAAUAACAAUCAAUGGAACAAUCAACAAUGGAACGGUAAUCAACAAACCAGUACAGAACGGAACAGGAAUCAACAAAAUACUGGACAAUCAAGUAAUCAUAGAAACGAGCAGAGCAACGGUAAUACUUAUCAAUCGAAUAACGGAAAUCAACAAAGCGUCAGUUAUCAAAAUUCCAACGGACAAUACAAUAACAAAAGAAGUACAACGCUCCGAACGGUUUACAACCGACCUGAGAAUCAUUACAGUGAUUACGAGGACGAUCGUAUACCGGAUUACCAAGCUGACGGUAAUCCAUAUUACAAUGGUGGUAGAGUGUGGUGGACAUAAUAUUUGUGUCUGUGUUUGUGUGUGUUAAUAAACGUGACUCAAGUAUUGUGCUCAAGACUGUUACGAAAUCUAUGACCCAUGACUUUUUUAGUUAAAAUGUAUAUCAUAGUAUUAUAAUUGUACUUGU